UGGUAUUAUUAGUUUUACCUAAGUAAACGGUGCUUAUUUCACUGCUCACUUUCAGAAGCAAUAAUAGUAAAAUAAUUGGAUCAGUUUUUCAGUAGAGAGAAUUAAAAACUGCAAACGGACACAAAAAUGAGAAAAUUCGACUCUGACCAUUGAGUAACUCACAGCAACUCAGCGUCACAUGACUGAUAACAAUUAUGCAAGAUAAACAGACUUUAUAAUGCUGUGUUGGAAGAGGAAGUGCUUGAAGACAAACCCUUGACGACGCACAGAGAGCAGGUUUGUGUGUUUUUUUGACGGACAGACAGCUGUCAGCUGUUUGUCACUCGCCUCAAUUUCUCAACUCUCUCGUCUCACAGGCGGAUGUUUGAGCAUUUUGCGCCACCUUGUGUGUGAACUCCUCCCUUCUGCUGAGCCAACAUACAUCUCUGUCACAAAAUGGUGUCACUAAUUUGCAGUCUUCGACACCACACAGACGAGGUGAGCUGCUGCGCUUUCUCUCCGUCUCUGCUGGCGACGGGCUCCGGCGACAAAACCCUCCGUAUUUAUAACACAGCGGAUUUCUCGGAGCUUCCUUUCUCUCCUCUCUCGGGCCAUGACUACGGGGUUCACUGCUGCUGCUUUAGCUCCUGUGGCAGCUACUUGCUCAGCUGCUCCACAGAUGGAUCCACCAUCGUGUGGAGCUCGGAGACAGGUGAGGUGUCGGCGGUGCUGCAGCAUCCGGGCCGCAGUCCGCUCCGAGUGUGCGCACUGGCGCCCGACUCCUCCCUGCUGCUGGCCGGGGCCUCUGAUGGCACCGUGGCCCUCUGGGACCUCCCCUCCAAGACAUUACGCAGAUGCAGUGCAGUGAGCGAGGCCAGCGUGGUGGCUUGCUGCUUCUCUCCGUGCAGCCAGAUGUUUGUGACCGGCUGCACCAACGGAGACCUCAGACUCUGGGACGUGGACAUCAGCCUCCUGCAUGCUGAGAAGGACGCCCACGACCUGGGCGUCACCUGCUGCAACUUCGCACCCCAGUUCAAAGUUGACGGCUGCUGUGUGGAGUUUCGACUGGCCUCCUGCGGACAGGACAGCCGGCUGAAAAUAUGGAUCGUUUCCCAGCGUGAAGGAGCAGCGUGUGUCGUGAAGCUGCUUCACACUCUCACCAGCCAGUCAGCUCCAGUUCUGUCUUGUGCCUUCUCCUCUGAUGGAGAGCUAGUCGUUUCAGGUUCAGUGGAUAAAAGUGUUGCAAUAUAUGACGCGAGUCAAGGAACCCUGCUGCACACUUUGAAACAGCACGACAGGUAUGUGACUGCCGUUGCCAUGUCUCCCACCAUGCCGUGGAUUGCAACGGGCUCCAUGGACAGAGCAGUGCAUGUGUGGAGAAUAGGAGAUGGAGACAUCGGAGCUGCAGCUGAAUCCAGGCAGGCAGUGUGCCAAGGAAGGAAGUUGCCAGGUCACUCCAGGCUGCUGCUCGCUGAUUGGUCAGAGGAGGAUGUGCGGACUUGGCUGUGCGAGGAAGGACUAGAGGGGCUCGUCAGCGUCUUUAAAGCCAACAACAUUGACGGACCAGAGCUCAGCCAGCUGGACAAGGAAACGGCGGCCGAGCUGGGAAUCGGUCCUUUGUGUCAACUGUAAUCAUGUAACAAGCUGCAUCAAAGUUCCACCCUUAAUCACGAGUCUGUGGGCCUCCGCGGUCGUCUCCUGAGGAAAAUUGAGGCCCUGAGGGCAGAGCAGAGCGGUUCAGAGGCCCCAGAUGAAU